CAACGGAUUUAUAAACAAAUAUAUGAGAGCAGCAGACAGCCUCUUGUUUGUAUACAAAAUGUCACAGCAUAGCAGACGGCAAUAUUAAAAGGAUACUAAAAAUAGUUAGAAUUAUGAGCGUUUACGGACAAGUUGGGCUUCACCCAGAUCUGGUUGAUGAUGUAAUGGAAGAGUUGCUAGAUUCCAAUAUAAUUAGCAUGAAAAAUGUACAUUUACUAAAAAAUGAUAGAAUUUUCAUGCCAAAUCCUGCAGUUGUUAUGGAUGCAAGACAUGAACAGGUAAACAAGAAAAUUACUAGGCACUCACAAGGUGUUAGCAACGGAUCAGGAAAGCAGAAACCACCUACAUCUUCCAAGGAACAUCACAUCCGUCUACAAAUGCUGCAAGUAGAGAACGAGAUACAACAGUUCAAGAAAGAAGUGGAUUACGAAAGACAAAAACUGCAUCUGAUAGCAAAACUGACAACGCUGGGUAAGAGUAAGCUAGCCAAUAGGAGCAAUGCUAAGAUAUGCAGUCCACCAGCAAUGCCUGUCACUCAUGUUGUCACACAGUUGAAAACCAACGUGAGAGAAGACUGCAUUGGAAACACUGAGACUUACCACAGUACAAACAAUAAGGAUAUACCUGCGAAUCAUACAAUUAUAAUUCAAUCGGCUCCAUUAGAGGUACUGAGUUACAAAAACGUUCUUCCAGAAAUUGAGUGUCCCAGCUAUUCGUCAAGUUUCUGCCCUCAUAAGAAAAUGGGAGGCGGUGGUGCAGUUAUUAGAGAAAUUACAAAUGGAUAUAGUGAGGAUAGAGUUGUUGAGGCUCAGGAGAAUUCUGCGGAGAAAUUCAAAGCAAUAGAGAUAGUUUGUGAAUCAGUUGUUGGUGGGUUUGAUUGUGAGGAGACUUGGUUGUAUGAGGAGGCAGAAAAAGAGAGUAAAAAGUUUCCAAAUCUUGAGGAGGAGCAGCAGGAGGAAAAAGAGAUUGGGGAGAGAAGUUUUGAUUCGAAAAGAGUUCAUAACAUUUUGAGGAAGUAUUGGGAUAAGUGGGUAGUAUUGGCUAAGAGGAACAAUUCAAAACAGGUAAAAAUGAAAACGGGAUGUUUGAACAAAAGUGAGAGAAAUUUGAAUAGGUUUUUGAAGAAACUGGAGGAGAGAAAGAAAGUUAUAUCUAGAUCGUUGUCAAUUGAGUCUGAUGAAUCAAGUGAGAGAACAAGUUCAUCAAGUGAUAAAAGCAGAGAGAGUAGUGUAGGUUCCCAAAGCCAAGUGUUCACGAAUCGACUCGAAGCACAAAAAUCGAUAAUAAAGGAGCAACAAUCAAAAAUUGAGAUGCAAAACAAAUUGAUAGAGCAGUUGAAGUUUGAGAAAAUACAACAAGAAAUUAAGGCGUCUGAGAGUAAUCUUCGACUAAAUGUGAUUGAAACGUUGAAUAACUGCGAACAGAAAAUCAAACCAGCCGCAAAGUGUUUGAAAGCUGUUAUCAGCGACAUAAAUAGAGGUUUCGAUGAGAAGAAAAAUGCGAAAUUCGAUUUUGUGACAAGGAUGAACGAUCGCGCAGAGCACAGGAAGGAGCGAUGGAAUGUGAUAAGAGAGAAGAGGAAGAUGCAGGAAGAAGAAGCCGAAAGAGAGAAGUUAGCUGAAGAAGAGAAACGGAAAAACGAGGAGGAAGAACGCCGAAGGAAAAUUUUACAAGAGAAAAAAGAGAAAGCCGAAAUGAAGAAGGAGCAAGAACGGAAGAAACAGGUGGAAAUCGCCGAGUUUCACAGGAAAUGCGCCAUGGCUGAUGAUUUUUACGCAGCUAAAUUGAUGAAUAAGGUUUUCAAAGUGUUGAGCAAAAAUGUUUCGCUAGUGGAAGAUAGUCUGGUUGAAGCCAAACGACAUUUCAAUAUGAAGAUGGUGAAGAAAUGUUUUGAUGCUUGGAAAAAUCAUUCUUUCUUCACCCUAACACACAAGUUACUAUUGGCAGAGGCGUUCUGUCACUAUAACACACUGCAAAGAUGCUGGGAUCAAUGGAUCAUGUGUCACAAAGAAUCGGUAAAGAACCAACAAGUAGCUGAGGAUUUUUUCGACUCUAAAGUACAAGAACGUGUAUUGCGCAGAUGGAAGAUGUUCAGAAAGCAGGAGCAAAUAACCCUGAAGGAAAAGGCUGAAAUAGCUUCCAACUAUCAUAACAGGAAACUACUGAAGAAAUGUUUGGACAAUUGGAGGAAGUUUCCAAAACUCAUGUACAAGGAGAGAGAGAAAGAGCAGAGGAUUAGACAAUGGCACGACAAAGUACAAGAAAUACUCCCAGACUUCAGUCCAGUGUUGCUGGAUGAUUCUUGAUCUUUGGGGAUUACAAAACUUCAAUAAUUCAAUUCUGAUUCACCCGAAGUAAAGUCGCCAUUAGAACAUAAUAAAAUUAAUAUAGACUAUUUCAAUUUGUAUCAAACAAUUCUAAUCAAUAACUUUAUAUAUUCAAUCUAUUUUUCACAUUUUUAAAACGUAUUUAAAUAUUCCAUCCAUUUCAUAUCUCAAGAGAAUACAAGUUUCUUAAUGUUAUGCUAUGUUUUUUCUAUCCUGACUAAUAAAGAAAGAUUCGCUAGAAAUAAAAGUAUCAAAAACAAGAAGGAGAAUCAUAUAAUAAGUUAUUAUAAUAAGAUGCCAUUUUUUCAUUGAAAUAUUUUCAACAUAAUAUGUACAAAAUUACUAGGAUUUCAGAAAAAUGCGUUAAUGUGAGAUUACUUGAAACUACACAGGGUUGAAAAGUAUUCAAAAGAUAGACAAUAAAUAUAAAAUUUGUUGGAGUAAUUGAGUAGCUUUUUUAUAAUUAGAUUAAUACAAGUCUGACAAUGUAUUUUUCAAACAUAAUAUGAAGUACCGUAGGUAGUUUUUGAAACUGUAUUAAAAUUUCUGAAUUGGUAUAUAUAAAAAUGUGAAAUUAUUAUCAACUUUUUUGUGAAUGUAUUUUUCAAACAUAAUAUGAAGUAGGUAGUUUUUGAAACAGUAUUCAAAUUUCUGACUUGGAAUUUAUAAAAAUGUGAAAUUAUUAACUUUUUCGUGAGGGCUGCUCCAAGAUUUAUCUCGAAAUUAGAAAAAAACUCAGUAUCCUUUUAAAAACUCAUCUUUUUUACUCACCACGAUAUGUUUCCACAUAUUAAUGUCAUUUUCAAGCAAGUGAUUCACUU